UCAGUUGUUGCUUCUGCGAGUUUCGGUCUAAAUCCAUUCAGAGAGAGCUUCGAGGUGUUUUUAGGAAGUGACUCUGAUUUUAUAAAUUUUCGAGAUGUUGAAAAUUUGCCUGUUUGCUUUUGUUGUUCUGAUCGGAUCCGUUAAAUUGGAUUCGAUUCCUUUCAUGGAUUGCGGUUCUGGUGAUAAUCUGUUGGAUGUCGAUAUCAUAGGAUGCUCGAGGCUCCCUUGUCCUGUCAAGAUGGGAGGAGAACAUUCGAUUAAAAUUAGCCUCAUCUCAAAAAUGCCUAGCAAACAUUUAAAUCAGAACGUCGAAUUGAUCGUGAGAGCGAUCCAUACCAGGAUUCAAGUGACGCCCGAUGAUCCUUGCCACGAGAUUAAUUGCCCAGUUAGCCUGAACCGCAACGCCAGUUUGAACGCGAUCAUGCACAUACCAAAAACCGGACUUGUACCGUUGGACGCAAUUUUGGUAUGGAAAAUCCACAAUGACGCAGGAGAUCAAGUAGUCUGCAUGGAAACUGAGGUCACCAUCGAAAAAUCGAAAAUGGAAUACGAAUUGGAUUAAGCCAAAAAUUUCAAAAGGAAAACAAACGGAGAUUAGAGAAUUACCAAAACCAAAGAAUUAAUUAGUCUCUACAAACCUUAAUUAAGACACUUCCAAUAUUUUUGUGUUUUUUUUUGUGUGUGUUUCUAAUUAAAUAAAUAAAGAAACAAAA